CGUCACGUUGGAUUGUUGUUAUUCUACCGAUUCUAGAAAAUACAUAUAAUAAUAUUUGUCGUAUGCACUAUUUCAAAGCGUUAUAAGUUUUAAUCAAGGAUAAUAAUAAUAUUUAAUAAGCAAAAAUGUUGUUUACCAAGUUGGAAGUACUGGUGGACUUAGGUGAGAAGCCUGAUCAGAAAGUUCUGGAUAAAACCAUCAAUGAGCUGAAGUCUCAAGAUGGUGUCAAGGAGGCAGUGUUCAAAAACGGGGCUUUCGUGGUAGAUUCAACUCUGCCAAGCUCUGUGGUGCUGGAUAUGGUCUCCAAAACCUCUGGGAGACGAGCAGUCUUGCAAGGAUUUGGAGACACCCAAUCAGCGGUGGCCAUGGUGUCCAGCGCGGAUUCCAGCGUGCUGGGCGUGGUGAGACUCCAGCAGCAGCGGGGCGCGCUCGUGGCGGACGGCAGCGUGGACGGGCUGGCCCCCGGGCUGCACGGGCUGCACCUGCACGAGACCGGGGACCUCAGCCAGGGUUGCGCGUCGCUGGGGCCCCACUACAACCCGCGCGGGGCGGCGCACGGGGCCCCGGGCGGCGCCGCGGGCGCGCGCCACGCGGGGGACCUGGGCAACAUCCGCGCCGACGAGCGCGGCAGGGCCACGUUCCGGAUCGUCGACCAUGUGCUGAACAUAUCGGACAUUAUCGGUCGCUCGAUCGCCAUCACGGAGCGCGCCGACGACCUCGGACAGGGCUCCAGCCCCCGCUCCAAGAUAGACGGAGACAGCGGCCCACCAAUAGCGUGCGGCAUCAUAGCGCGCUCUGCCGGCGUGUUCGAGAACCCGAAACGCAUAUGCGCGUGCGACGGCGUCGUGGUGUGGGACGAGCGCGACCGCCCGCUCGCCGGCAAGGGCCGCCGCUGCUGCCAGAAGGAUAAGGAAAACGACAACAAGGAACAGAAGCCUUGCUGCAAGGCGCAUUAAAUGCUGCUCAAAAACAGUCGGAAUAACUACCAAUGAACUUUGAACCUUUGAAGGGUGUUCAUACUUAAUAUUUGGAGGGGGGGACGUCUCGUUAAAAAUAAGGAAAAAAUAUUUUCCCCAUAACCUUUUGCACGCCAAUGACCGAUAUAUCCGCACCGCAGGUUCGCCAAAGACUGAUUAAUCGGUCACAGACCAUAUAGCAACAUAGACCUACGUGCAUAUGCAUAAAGUUCAAUUUCAGUUUUGACACCUCGGUGACGUGGCGUCCGAGUGACAGCUUUUGUUUGACACGGCGUCGAAAAGGUUAAGAAAUUUGAAUUAUUUAUAUUCAGGAAAUAAGUACCUACAUAGAGCUACAUAUAACGUAUAUUAAUAGAAAACGUUAACUACUUCUAUAGUUCGUUUUUUUAGCAUUAGAAAGAACUUGCAAGAAGGUAUUAAGUGAUCUUGACAUGUCUUUUAAUUGAAAAACGCCAUUUAAAAAUCAAAAACUAUUACUUAUAAGCAGAAGAAUAUAAAUGAUCGUAUUAGAUUCAUAAUUGUUACAUAUUUGCCGUAACUUAUUUUUUAAAUGUGUUUUUCAAUUAAAAGACACAUCAAGAUUGUUUACCUUAUUUCUAAUGCUAAAAAAACGAACUGAAGGAUUGUAUAGAAUAUAAAAUCCUACGAUAAUAAUGGAAAAACGAAAUCGAACUCACAUCAUUUAUUAUUAUUUACAAACAAACUUACUUAGUUACACAAAUUAACAGAUAUUGUGAAAUAUCCAUACAAAACAAAAGUGUAAACUUGCUUUAAAUUAAAAUAAAUCCUAUUACAUAGCUAAAGAACAAAAAAAAUGUUACAUUAUAAGUAUUAUAAAUGUAAAAUAGUUAUUUUUAACCUUUGGCAAGCUUUAACCGUCGUAAAAGCGAUAAUAAAGUUCGAUAUUAACCUUUCAUCUGAUCUGUCUAAGCUCUGAUCAGUGCGUACAAACUAAAAUCCUUUGUUUAAUACAAUAGGUUUAAAUUCGUUCGCACUGAUCAGUGCUUAGACAUACGAAGGGUUAAGACGAAAACAACUAUGUAGGCAAAUAAAAAAAAAACUUGAUAAAGUUGUUGGCGUAUGACUGAGGUAUUUGCGUUACAUACACAACGUUCCAAUGGUAAAAAAACCGUUAUAUUCAUAUUUUUUUAACUUUUUGUUAAGGGAUCAUUCAUUAAUUACGUCACACGAAUUUCUAGGUUUUUUGACCCCUCCCCCCUCCUUGUCACACUUGGUCACAUUUUGCAAAUCCCUCCCACCUGGUGUGACGUCACAUUUUAGGCAAUUUUGUUUUCAACGAAAUCGGCAAUACUAACUCGCCAUAUUUUUUUCAAUAAAAAAAUAUUUUUGGUAAAAGAACUAUUAGUAAUUUUAUAACACAAAACCAAUUAGGAACGAAAAUUACCUACUUCCAAAACCUCAUUAUUUAAAUGUACAGCAAAUAAAAAAAUAUAAAUUAAUUUUCGGUUACUGAUGAAGUGAUGAAAUUAAAAUGACGUCACAAUGUUUGUGACCCCCCCUCCCCCGUGUCACACAACAUGUCACAUUUUCUUGACCCCCUCCCCCCCUAAACGUGUGACGUAAUUAAUGGAUGACCUCUAAGAUAAUUACAUGUGUUAAUUUUAUUUUUAAGUUCGGUUGAAAGAGGAUACAGCUAGGUUUUAUUUUUAUUUAAUUUAUAUUACGGGAUUUGUUAAUGAUUGUAAAAAAUACAAUAAAUUAUUGAACAUA